GCGCCAAAGGCGGAAGAGAUUACUUUCAGAUUUUCACAGCUGUGAAGAAACAGAGAAGGAUGUGGAAACGGAAAUAUAACGGUCAUUUGUAUGCUUUUUAAGUACAAAACGACUUUUAUAGGUAGAUAAAGAGUCAGACAGAGCCGACGAUAUGAUUUCAGCGGCAUACUUGUCGUUUUUCUUGAUAAUUUCAUCGGUCGGAGCAGCCAAGAAUGGAGGGGACGAUGAGUGGGUUCAUCUUCCUAACAAAUGUGAAGUGUGUAAGUUUGUCAGUAUCGAGAUGAAGUCGGCGUUCGAUGAGACGGGGAAGACCAAGGAAGUCAUCGACAGGAACUACCGCUUCAUAGACAGCAAGGGGGCGCCGCCAAUCAAAUAUGUCAAGUCAGACCUCAGAUUCAUCGAGGUUGUAGAAAAUGUGUGUCAGAGGCUGUUAGAGUACAAUCUGCACAAAGAGAGAACUGGUAGUAACCGCUUUGCCAAGGGCAUGUCGGAGACCUUCUCCACCCUUCAUGGUUUGGUGAAUAAAGGAGUGAACGUGGUGAUGGAUAUUCCCUACGAGCUGUGGAACGAGACGUCAGCAGAAGUGGCUGACCUUAAAAAACAGUGUGAUGUGUUGGUAGAGCAGUAUGAGGACGUGAUUGAGGAGUGGUACAAAGGAAGUCAGGAAGAAGACCUGACCACUUAUUUGUGUGAGAAACACGUUCUCAAAGGACAGGACAAAGCCUGCCUGAAGGAGGAUUGGACAAAGAGGAAGAAGGGAGACCAGGCAGCCAUUGCGGAGGACAAGAAGAAGAAGAAAAAGAAGAAGGGAGUGAAGAAGGGAAAGGGCAAAAGUGAGGAGGGAGAAGAGGGAGGAGACGGCAGCUCGGAGGGAGAGAAGGCGACCAAGAAGAAGAAGGAGAAGAAGGUGAAGAAGAAGAAAAAGAGCAAAGCUCCGGUGGAGAAGAUGGAUGGAGGGAUGUCGUCGGAUGAGGAGAUCCAGCCACAGGUGCCUGUGUCUGGGCAGAAGACGGAGCUGUGAGCCCUGGUUCCUGUCUGGACCUGGAUCAGCUCUCCUAAACAAAAGUAAACUCUUAGUAAAAGCAGUCUGCAGCUUCUUUAAACGUCUUCAACUGUUGUCAAAACGGAGGUUCGACUCCUUGCAUUUCCUAAUCGGAUCUUGUACUGUUACACACAGUGUUUAAAGUCUUUAUUUCAGUUUCUGUCUGUCUGAAACGGUUUGUCGCAGUUAAUUGGCAUGGGUUUUUGAAAUUCAGAUUAAUCUCGAUGGAACUUGCAGGCACCUUUUUUUUAAAAAUAACGUUGAGUUUAUUACAACUUGGGUGUUAUUUUCGUACUUUUGCAAUCGUUUCUAUCGGUUAGGAUACAUUAGAAUUGCUGAGAUCUGGGAGCAUGUUGAUAUCACUCAAAUUAAGUCCGCAGGGCAAGAAACACGAGCAGUCGGACAAUCUGACAGGUCGGAAACAGACCUACGCAGACUUUUCGUUAAAAUCAAAUCAACAAUAAACAAAAAGCAGUAGUGCAGAAAGGAUUGUCAAUCAUUCAAUCAACAAAACUAAUCAACAGCAAUGUGGAUGGUGGAUUAAUCGUUUAGGACGUUAGUUAAGCAAAAAUGAUGCAAAGAUUGAAUGAUUUGCUGUAGUUCUCUGGUUUAUAUGAUUGUUAAUAGAAUAUCUUCUGACAUUUUAUCAACUAAAUAAUUUAUCGAUUUAAUCGAAAAGUCAUUAAUUGCAUCAUUAGUUGCAGCAGCACCAACACUGGAAUCUGUGUGAGUCUCAGAGUACUUAGAUGAUUUUGGAGAACUUGACCCUCGGCAGAAGGGAAUUUAGUUUUCUUUCUCUCUCUCAGUUGAAUGCAGAUGUAGAUUUGCAGUGGGGCUUUCAUACUGUAUCUCCUCAUAAUGUGAAUUUGUAUGUUUGCUCACUCUUCUGCUGUUUUUAAAAGUAUUGUAUUUACUGAAAUAUUCAUUCCAUCUGAAAACUGGGACUUACAUAAUUAGUUUUGAGUUCAUUUAUUUUUUACAACCUUUGGAAAUGCUCACAUUAUGUUGCCCGAGAAGGUUAACACUCUAGCUGUAUAUAAAACAUACAUUGAUCCUGAUAGAGAAAUGCUUUUCCUUUUUAAUAUUAUAGUAUUUCGAAAUGUUUUAUAUCAGUAGAGGAAACCGACUGUCUACUAUUCUGACUUUUUUAACCAUCUGAAGUGAUGCAGACCAGGUUAUUGCAUUUUCUUAGACUCUCAGAUUCAGUGAAAUUCCCCUUUAAUGAUUAAAUACAACAUAUGAUAGCUUUUUUUUUUUUUUUUUAAAUGUCAGCGAUUUUGUGUUUCUAUAAUUGUUUGAUUUUUAGGAUUUUUCAUGAAUUGUUUUCUCUGCUUGUGUGUGCUGUACAAAAGCUGCUAUUUAAGGUGUAUUUGUGUGUGGUUGUUGACUCCCAAGCUGACGAUGAAGGUGUGUGUGUGUGUGUUUUUUUGUGUGUGUGUGUGUGUGUGUGUGUGUGUGUGUGUGUGUGUGUGUGUUUUUACAGAUUUUUAUUCUGUAUUAAAAUGCUGGCUGUGUUGUAUUGGAGUUGCUUUUUGAAACCAUUGAGUGGAUCAAUAAACACAGGUUUGAAAACUCUUGUAAACGCA